ACUAAUCCAUGCUUUUCUUGUUUAAUUGCUUGGAUCAUAUUCAAGGCAAAAGAAAUGAAGCCCAACCCAUGUCACCCGCUUUGCUAUUUAUAACCACUUCUCCCAAGCCUUACCAACGAAAAGUUUUACAGCAGUCUCCAAACUCCUGACCAGUAAUAGGAGUAGCUUUUGGAGAAUUGAACCACCAACAUGUCAUUUUCUUGCACAUCCUUCCUAGGACGGCUUUGUAACUAUGAGCUCCACAUGGAGAGUGGCAGCCAUGGCCUCUUCUCCAGUGAUCUCUUGCCAUCCCUUGGUGCCAGGAUUCACCAACAAACCAAGCUUCGAAGAUACAUCAUUUCUCCUUUCAAUCACCUCUAUAGGACCUGGGAGAUGUUUCUCGUUGUUCUUGUCAUUUACUCAGCUUGGAUCUGCCCAUUUGAGUUUGCAUUUCUAAGUUACAAGCAAGACUCACUGUUCAUCAUAGACAACAUUGUCAAUGGUUUCUUUGCCAUGGACAUCAUCCUAACCUUCUUCAUUGCAUAUAUUGACCGCCAAUCUUAUAUUUUGGUUGAUGACCCCAAGAAAAUUGCAAUCAGGUACAUAUCAACCUGGUUCAUUUUCGAUGUCAGUUCAACAGCACCACUUCAACCUUUCAGCCUUCUGUUCACAAAUCACAGCAGCGGUUUUGGUUUUAAAGCACUCAAUAUGCUCCGACUCUGGCGUCUUCGACGGGUCAGUUCCCUGUUUGCAAGACUAGAGAAGGACAUCCGGUUCGACUAUUUCUGGACUCGGUGCACAAAACUCGUCUCAGUAACUCUGUUUGCAGUACACUGCGCUGGAUGCAUUAACUAUCUCAUAGCAGACAGAUACCCGGAUCCAAAAAGAACCUGGAUUGGUGCAGUAAUGCCAAAUUUCAAAGAAGAGAAUCUGUGGGACAGAUACAUAACUGCAAUCUACUGGUCUAUCACAACACUAACUACAACCGGUUAUGGGGACUUGCAUGCUGAGAAUCCAAGGGAGAUGUUGUUUGAUAUCUUCUACAUGCUAUUCAACUUGGGAUUGGCAGCUUACCUCAUUGGUAAUAUGACAAACCUUGUCGUACACUGGACCAGCCGCACCAGAAAUUUUAGGGAUACAGUCCGAGCCGCUUCUGAAUUUGCAGCACGAAACCAGUUACCCCCAUGCAUACAGGAUCAAAUGUUAUCCCAUCUAUGUCUCAAGUUCAAAACGGAAGGGCUGAAACAGCAAGAGACCUUGAAUAGUCUGCCGAAGGCCAUUCGUUCAAGCAUAGCACACUAUCUCUUCUAUCCUAUCAUACAAAAAGUUUAUCUUUUCCAAGGGGUUUCCCAUGAUUUCCUUUUUCAACUGGUUUCAGAAAUGGAGGCUGAGUAUUUCCCACCCAAGGAAGAUGUGAUUCUGCAGAAUGAGGCCCCAACGGAUCUGUAUAUACUGGUUUCGGGAGCAGUGAAUUUGCUAGCAAAUAUUGAUGGGCGUGACCAAGUUCAUGGAAAGGCAGUUCCAGGGGAAAUGUUUGGGGAGAUAGGGGUUUUAUGUUACAGGCUACAGCCAUUCACUGUUCGCACUACUGAGCUUUCUCAGAUCUUACGGCUAAACAGGAAUUCACUGAUGAACAUAAUUCAGGCAAAUAUGGAGGAUGGAAAGAUGAUCACGAACAACCUUUUCCAGAAACUUAAGGGGAUGGAAAGGCUAGGGUUUGCAGACCCACAAACGGAUCCAGGGAUGAUCCUCAAAGAAUGGCUAGACACAGGACCGCAAGGAUUUAGUUCUCAAGUGGCAUAUCAAGAAGAUUAUCCACAUAGAGAUUCACCAAGUCGAGGAAGGGAAAUAGGAAUCCUGGAAGCUACAGAAAACGGAAAACCAGACAAAGUUUAUGAUCUUAUCAGACAUGGAGUUGAUGUGAACUCAACAGAUGCAGAUGGCCGAACAGCUCUUCAUGUUGCUGUCUGCAAGGGGCAACCAGAAAUGAUUAAGAUUCUGUUACAGGGAGGGGCAAAUGUGAACAAACCAGAUGCUAUGGGGUGGACACCAAAAGCCUUGGCAGAAAAGCAAGGGCAUAAAAGCAUCUUUGACCUCUUACAAUGCUACAAUAACCAGAACAAAAGUCCAGGUGACCAUAAAAUAGAUUUCAUUGAGACAGAACCCACUAUUUACAAAGGAAGUAACCAAAGAAGCUACAGCCAAAAUUCUCCCAAUUUCACAAACUUUCAUUUUGGAAAGGUAGCACCAAAGUCCACUUCAAGAAGCUAUUAUUUUCCGAGUGAUAGCACAAUUGCAAAAUUGACCAACAGAAGAGUGACAAUCCACAUGAAAUUUCCAAAAGAGCGUACAUCGAAAUACCAGCUUGGAAAGUUAGUAGUUCUACCGGAUUCGUUAGAAGAGCUACUCAAAAUUUCUGGUCAAAAGUUUGAAGGCUAUCAUCCUACAAAAGUGGUCAGUGCAGAGGAUGCAGUAAUUGAUGAUAUAAGCGUCAUUCGAGAUGGGGAUCAUUUGUUUCUCAUUCAAGACGAGUGUGAAACUUCAGGUACCGGUUUACCAUCAAAAUUAUUGAAGGAUAAAAUGUAGAGCUGGAGAUAGUUUGUAAACUUGACACAGCUUAUAAUGAGAAUAACAAGGAAGUAGAUUGUGCAA